AUGUCAAAAUAUCUUGAAUUACAUCAAUUCCCUUGCCAAUCGUCAUCAUCAUUAUCCUCUUGUCACCCUGCAAAUAUGCACUGUUUCACGCCUUUACCAGUGAACAGAUUAUCACGUAAAGUAUUCAUAGGUGGUAUUCCAAUGUUAGAGAAUAACGUAACAACAAUGACAAGAGAUCAGCUUUACAAAGCAUUGUUUAUAUUCGGUCAAGUUAAUAUAAUCUGGCCAAAAAGAACAUUUGUAAUACCAUAUAGUCAAAAGUAUCAUGAAACAUCUAUGAAAAACUGUUGGAAACGAGGCCAUUGUUAUGCCGUAUUUAAUGAUCCAAGAAGCGUAACUCAAUUACUGUCAGCUUGUUAUCAACGUACUAAAGGCUACUACAUUGACCUUUCAAGAGUUUCUCCCGGUUUGAAAAAUGCAAGAUUAGAUUCCCUUCAAAUAAUUCCUUGGGAUACACAAGGUUCGGUUUAUGAAUCCCCAAGAAAUAAUUUUGAUAGUCUUUAUAACGAGUAA